AUGAGGUCUGCCACCCGCCUCCUCGCCUCCCUCGCCUCCUCCGCCACCUCCACCGCCGCCAAAAACCCUACCUUCCUCGAAGCCGGCUCUCCCACCGGCCUUACCGGCCUCUUCACUCACUCCACCCCUCGCACAACCCUCAUCCAACUCUACAAUAGCACCCUGACCAAACUCCGCCAGAACUUCCCUGAAAGCAGCGUCUACCGCCAAUCCGUCGAAGCCUUGACGAAACACCGACUGGCCAUAAUCGAGUCCGUCAAACCCUCCGGCUUGGAAGAAUGGCAAA